AGCCUCCGCGUUAAGAACCUUACGCGAAAGCGACCGACGGAAGCCGUCUCAUUCUUAUUUCCCACCUCCACGUUCUCUGCCUCAUUACUGUCUCUGAUUGACGUCCUCUCUGACUUUUUCGUUGACGAUCUAAGACAUGUUUUGUAUAAUCUUUAUUCUAUUUCCACUGCUGGCCGUGGAACGCGUUCUGGCUCAUGGCUUUCUCAGCCAAGUCGUCAUCGACGGAACACGCUAUUCGGGUAAUAUCCCCGGAAAGUACGAAGGCGCGAGCCCGAUUCGCAUGAUAUCGACGAUCGACCCUGUCUUGGGACUCACCAAUUCGAAUCUAAACUGCGGGCAGGAUGCACAGCUCGCCGACAUUGUCGCGUCUGCAAGUCCGGGCAGCAAUAUCACUUUCCAGUGGACAGGUGGUGCCGACGGCGGAGAGCACUGGCCACACGAGACAGGUCCGUUGAUGACGUACAUGGCAUCGUGCGGCUCGACGAGCUGUGCACAGUUCAACGGAUCCUCUGCGAAUUGGUUCAAGAUCGACGAGCUGGGCCAGAUGAGUAAUGGCAGCUGGUAUCAGCUUGACAUCAUGAACGGUGAUUCAUACACGAUCACUUUGCCUAAGAGCAUCAAGGCUGGUGGUUAUCUCAUCCGCCACGAAAUCAUUUCCCUGCAGCAGGCCGUCAACGAAGGGGGGGCUGAAUUUUACCCAUCAUGCACGCAGGUCCAGAUCGGCGGUUCUGGGACUGACGCGCCAGAUAUCACGGUCACCUUUCCCGGAGGCUACAACGAGACAGGCACGUACGUUCCCGACAUCUACGACCCCGGGUUUCAAUACGUUUUCCCUGGGCCCCCGAUCUCGAACCUGGCCGCUCCAGGUGAUGGCGCGAUGGCGGCCGCAUUAAGCAGUGCCGCACCGUUCGCGGCGAGCCCGGAGAGCGUGACUAUCGGU